CUGCUGCCGCAGCAGUUUCCUGCAAACAUCUGAUCGAGUCGCAUCGUGUCACAUUGUGUGUUCUAGUGUUUUUCAACAACAACAAAAAAAAAAACAUCAAAAUUUUCAGUGUUGUGAUUUUUGUUAGGACCUUUUGCCCGAAAUUUGUCCGUUCCGAAACGGUGACUUUCUUCUUCUUUGUCAAAACUUUGCCUGUGUGUCCAUUUCCUGUUCUUCUCCCGUUACACCGGUACUGUUCCGGAUCGAAGGUGUGUGUGUGCGCGCGCUCGGCUCCCUGAGCAGAAUAUUUAAUGAACCAGUUUGAGGCGGCAGCAACAAAACGGAAAAAAAUCAAUGAUUGUGAUAAUCUUCCCUCAAGUGUGACGGAAAAUUCGCGUUGAAAUUCUCCGCUUGUAGUCGAUUCCCGUGGCCGUGCAAAAUCCGUCAACCGGAGCCAACAACAACAAAAAUCGAUUUCUGGUUCGAGCAGUAAAUUGUGCAUGUGUCAUCCGUGCUCAGCACAACGCAGCCUCACCUCAUCUUCUAAAGAGAACAAAAAUCUCAAGUUCAAAUUGUUCAAGUCCAAGUCAAAGUCGGCUAGUCCAAGUCAGCGCAAGUCCUUAAAUUCAAAGCCCCUUGAAAUUCCACAAAAGAAAAAAAAAACGCACCAUAAAAAUUUAAAGUAGCGCAAAUAAAUGCAAACAUAAAGAAAAAUUUUCAAGGCCAUCGCAGCAAAUCGUGGUUUGGGGAAAGUUGGCCCAAAAUUGCCGGCGAAGUAUCCGACGUUGCCGCAGAAGUGACUCAUCAUCCCCGGACGGCGGCAACCCGAGCUCGAAGUUAUCAGCGAUCCGAGAGAGGCAACAACGUGGUGCAGUCUCCGGGCUUCAAGAGACCAGACCGCCAACCGGUUCUACUCGUCUAAGUGGCACAAUGUCGCAUGGUAUUUGUUGGAUCGCCUGAACUAGACCAACUCAUUGUUUGUGGGCGCAAGCUAAACGGCUUCUCCAGCUUGGACCUGUUUAUUAUGCCUAUACUGGACAAAUCCCGACUAAAUCAUCCGCUGAAUGCCAAAAAGCCCCCGCCAGCGAUCCCAAACCCGUGGGUAACGGGUGGCCCCCCGGGCGGCAAGGAUGCCGUGCUGGUGUUCCGGACGGUUGCCCUCUCGCCGGUCAGCGGCAAUGGGGGCGCCGACUCCGGUGGUGACUCCCCGGUGGCGGGCAGUUCCAACUCCAGCAGCAGCUCGACGACGACCAAAGAUCCUACCGUAACCUCUAGUGAUAAGUUAGCCAACAGUUCGAAGGUACCCGCAUCACUGCCCAGCAAAAACUUUAACGUUCAACGAAAAUCGGAUAGUAUUAGUAGCGCAACUAGCAAUAGCAACGACGACGACGAGGAUGACGAUGACGAUGUUGACGGAGAUUCCGACGGUGACGAGGAGGACGGCGAGGGUGAGGCAGAGGGGGAAGAGGACGACGAGGAUGGAGACGAGGCUGGGACUUCGCAGGACGAAGCGGCCGGGGCGACGGCGACCAGUGGCAGCAAGUCCAAGAAGCGACAGCUCGAGUCUUCUUCGUCGUCCAGUUCGUUGAGCAACGCCUCGUUGGCCAGUCGGGACGGGGACGAACCCGAGGUGGACCUGCCGACGUCCAAGUCGGAACCGAUGCUGGCGACCAGCGCCGGUGUAGAGAAGAAGAAGAGUUCCGGUGGUAGUCAGGAGAACAAGGAGAACCGAGGGGACAGUGGACUGCCGAAGACGGAAAUGCCGGCGGCUCAGCUGAACAUCUACUACAAGUUUAUCAACACGGAGACGCGAUUGCUGCGGAAGAUCCUGAACGCGCACGGAAUGGGCGAAAGUGGGUCCGACAGCAACGACUUUAAUCUGCUGUGGACGGGGAUUCACCUGAAGCCGGACAUUCUGCGGAACCUGGCGCCGUACCAGCGAGUUAAUCAUUUUCCGAGAUCCUACGAGCUGACGCGCAAGGACCGCCUGUACAAGAACAUCGAGCGCAUGCAGCACUUGCGCGGCCACAAGCACUUUGACAUCGUGCCGCAGUCGUUUCUGCUGCCGCAGGACUACAAGGAGCUGAUCGCGGCGCACAACAAGUGCCGCGGGCCGUGGAUCGUGAAGCCGGUGGCCUCGAGCCGGGGCCGCGGGAUCUUUAUUGUGAAUUCGCCGGAUCAGAUCGCGUCGUACGAGCAGGUCGUGGUGGCCAAGUACAUUACGGAUCCGCUGUGUAUUGACGGGCACAAGUGCGACAUUCGGUUGUACGUGGCGGUGACGUCGUUUGAUCCGCUGAUCAUCUACAUGUACGAGGAGGGACUGGUAAGGCUGGCUACGGUAAAGUAUGAUCGUACGGCGGAGAAUUUGUGGAAUCCGUGCAUGCACUUGUGCAACUACAGUAUCAACAAGUAUCACACGGAUUAUAUCAAGUCGAACAAUGCGGGGGACGAGGACGUGGGUCACAAGUGGACGUUGAGUGCGUUGUUGCGGCAUUUGAGGAGCCAGGGUUGUAAUACGGAGCAGUUGAUGUUGAACAUUGAGGAUCUGAUUAUUAAGGCGAUCUUUUCGUGUACGCAGCCGAUCGUAUCGGCCUGUCGGAUGUUUGUUCCACAUGUGGGGAAUUGCUUUGAGCUGUAUGGGUUUGAUAUUUUGAUUGACGAUACGUUGAAGCCGUGGCUGUUGGAGAUUAAUUUGUCGCCGUCGCUCGGUUGCGAUACGCCGCUGGAUACGAAGGUGAAGGCAUGUCUGUUGACGGACUUGCUCACGAUGGUUGGCAUUCCGGCGAUUAGUCCGCUACAGAAGGCUUGUUACGAUAGUAAGGGACAGAAGAUUCGGAAUCUGUCGACGCCUUACAGGAGGGUUAACUCGGCGGACUUUGUGCACAGUUCUGGGGGUAAGAAGGAGGGACAACCUGGGGAACCGACGAAGAAGCUCCAGACGACGUUGAGUGCGUUGACGGCGGAAGAGUUGAAGAUCGUGCGCUUCGCGCGAUCCCAAUACGAACGCCGCGGUGGUUUCGUACGAAUCUUCCCCACGAGCGAUAGCAUGGCUCGGUACGCGUCCAUCCUGGACCCGAUCACCGGAAUCCCCACGUCGGCCAUCACGUCCGCCGGUAGCGGAACCUACCUGAUGGUCAUCCCGCACAACUACAAUCAGAUGCUGCACUCGCAGCUGUUCCCGGCGGGUAGCGAGACGGAGAAUCGGAUCGUGCACCGCAUCCAGAAGUACGAACGUGCCCUCGAAAGCUCACUGCCCAUCACGAUCGGCCCCAAACACACCGCGCCCAAGUGCGUCGACGAAGCCAAACGUCUCCGCCUGCAAAUCCGGAAGCUCAUCGAAAACGGCCACGAACUGAGCAUUCUCCAAGCACGACGCGCCUUCGGCCUCUAUCUAGAAUACAUCCUCAAGCGACUCUCGUCCGAGCCCAAGCACAGCCACGAGGAACUCGUCAUGAAGUUCCUGUACCGCGUCGGAGCCCACAUGAAGACCCCGUUCUUCUUCCGCAACUUCGGCAACAAAGCCCUCGGCAAGGACCGCGGCGCCAUGGUCGCCAAACAGCUCGGCGAUUACCUCCAUCUCUACAACAAGGAAACGGAAGCGUUCGUCGACACGUUCGACAUGGUCGGCAUGGUCCCGAUCAAACUCUUCGACGAGUUCCUCAUGCAAGCGGGCGAAACGGACGUCGAGUCCGUCCUAACCCUGCACACCAACCUCACCCAGGCGAUGCCCUUCCUGUACAGCGGACUCUCGUCGAGCAUCCCGCCAGCUCCGCCCAUCCCCGUAGGCGCCCACGGCUUCCUGAAGGCCCUUCCCUGUAUGGCGCCCGGCGGUGCCAACAAGGAACUCAUCCGGCUCGACCCGUACUACAAAGGUCCGAGCGAACCGCGGAUGGCGGGAAGAACAAGUCUUUCGACGGCGGCAGCGGCAUCGUCCGGUGCUGGGAUGAGGUCCGAACUGAGGAUGAUCGAUCGGACGCGGUUGUCGCCGAUGAAGAAGAAGCCGCCUGUUGGCGGGAUGGUCAAGUCGUCGAGGGAGCGCGAUCAGAGGUCUAAUUGGUUGUACUAAGGGGCGAGAGGAUUGAAUGUGGUGCUUUGUUUUUUUUUGAUAUUUAUUUUUGUUUUUGGUUUUCUUUAGAUGUUGUGCAUGCGAAAAUUGUGUGUAUAAAGUAUUCGAUAUAAAACUCAAAGAAGCAUACCGUAAAUUUACAACAUAUCCUGUAACUUUACAUGUCCGGGAAGAAUCCCCAAAACCCAGAGUCUCGGCCCGAAACUUCAAACACGAACAAAAGCAGCGAACCGAAGAUUGGCAAUGACGUUUUGGAAUUUUGACAGUUUGGAACGCAUGAAUUACCCCAUUAUCGGUUUCCCACAUGGGUGAUGUGGAAAUUGUUGCACAUGGUUGAAGUUGGGAAUUUUGCAACUUAUUUUAAUUUAUGCUAAAUUUCAAAAUUUAAACACGAAUCUACAGCGAAUCGAUGUGAAAACUAAAGAUACAUUAAAGGCACAAUGAUUUGAUGUGCAAUCUUAAUUAGAAUCGCGAUAAAAGAGGUUUAAAUUGAAAAAUAAUAAUAAAAAAAAUUCUGGUCUGGAAUUUAAAGAAAUUUUGUCUGUUUUGGAAGACUUAAUGUUGUUGCACAAUGGUUAUAGAUUUUUUUACAAAAAAGUGAAUUUUUCGGUUCGUCCACAAACAAUCCCAUGUUUGUAAACAAACGACGCCAUAUUGCCAAUGUUGUUCGGUAGCUCAUAUCAGGAAAUCGCCGGGGCCCUGCCAAAACCGAAGUUGCCGCGGCCGCUGUUGUGGAGGAAAUGCGCUCGCUAACUGCUGAACUGUCAUUUGGGCUCUAUUUACAGCGAUACAAAAGGCAAUCAAACGUCAAAAUUACCCCCUACCAGACGGCGCUGAAAUUUGGGAUGAUAUUUACAUUAUAUCCUAAAGAUAGCAAAUUGGUUUGAAAUUGAUUUAUUUUAAAAUAUUUGUUUGAUGGCCGAUUUAAUCUGUUCAUUAUCUGAUUACAGAAUGUAUAACCCCGAUCACACGUGUUUUGACAUGCAACUUGACAUAAUUGAAUACUUUUGAUUUUUUUUGCCUGGUUCCAGGAUUCCCGGAGGCCUUGGCCAAAAUAAGUAACUUAUUAGGUAUUUUUCAUAAGUAAAUGGUAAAUGUAGGAAUUUUUUCAUGUCAAAAGUAGUUUUUUUCCUCUAAAACACCAGCUCACCGAAAAAAAAACUACCUUAACGCAACCUGGAACAUCUCCGGUAAACCUGGACCAUAUUGUUCGUCCUUCCGUCAGUGUAAAUUGGAAGAAUUAUGGAUCUUUUGCGAUCCACCCAUCGAAGGAUUUGAAGAUUAAAAAAGCUACCUGUAAACCCGAGCGACUCACCUGGUCACUCCGGAACUGAUUACCGGUGGCCACUUGGGGACCCUUCCUGAUUUUGGAAAAAAUACUUGUCAUGUCACACGACUUCAUGAAAUUGAACGAUAUCAUGGUUUAUGUGCAUGCCGAAUUUUUCUGAGCCACACCGGAAUCUGUUUCCGGUGGCCACUAGGGGACACUUUCUGAUUUUGGAAAAAAAACCUGCCAUGCGACAUAUCAAACUUCAUGAAAUUGAAAGAUAUGAUCAACCCUGGCCAUCAUUUUCAAAAACAAUCAUCCAUAAAAAGAGUAAAACAAAUUCUUUAUUAGUCAAAACUUGUAGCUAAAUUUUUAUCGAAUAUUUUAUGCACAAUAAGAGUGUGUUUAGAUUUAUUUUUGCUUACAAUAAAUUACAAUAAUUUAGUUUGAUUUCUGUUCGUUUCUUGCUAACCAAUAUUUCCGAAAAUAGUUUAAGCAAAACUUGUUGAGUAAUUUUAGUUGCGAACUUAAAAAAAAUAGUGACACUGAAUUCACAAAACUUUCAUCAAAACUAGUGCUAUUUUAAGGACUAAACAAUGCGAGCCGCAAGCUCGCCCGGAGGAAAAUAAGUGAUCAGUAUUAAUUUUCCCCACUACAUUUAGUCAGUAAGAGAAUGAAAUAAAUAGAAUGAUUUGAAUAUAAAUAGGGAUUCAGACACGACGAGAAGGGGAGAACACUUAUUUUCUAGUCAUUAUUGCUAGCAAUUUGAGCAAAGCGUACAAUCUUGAAUAAAUAAUGUCGGCAAAAAUGUGAUAAAUUUUUCCCAAAGAAUUGGCACAAAUCUAAAAUUUGAAGAAACAAAAGUCAUUUCCAAAUUUACAAGCAAAACAUAAAUCGCAAAUUUGUUAUCUGACCAAAAUGAUGGCAGAAAAAAAAACAACAAAGAAACAAUCGUCACAAAAGUAGAAAGAAAUAGUUGAUAAAAAUGCAUAACAAUAUAAACUUAAAUUUAUGAAAAGAAAUCGCAAAACACCAUUUUCAAACUGUAGGCCAAAGAUUUGGUUAAAAUAAAAAGAAAAGCUGAAAGUUGUUACUCGGUAACGAAUUCUAGUCACCAGAGGGUAGUAAUUUUUACUUGCAAAACAAACUAAAAAAAUCAAAUCACAAGCACUUCCACCAAGGGCACGAAAAUCAUCACCAAAUUUGAAGUUUCGAGGACUCAAAUUAGUCCGGCAAACAUGAAAAGUUCUCUUUCACUGUCCUAGUGUCCUGCCAGAAAGUGAGGUUGCAAAAUAUCUCGAUAAAUUUAAUAUAAACAAAAAAAUGAAUUAAAGAUGCACGUUUUCCUGCUAAUUCUAGCAGAUAUUUUGCUGAAAGUGAUAGCCUAAGAUUUACUACUGAAACUAACAUUGAUCGCGUUGCCGUCAGUUUUAAAUUAGGAAUAUAUACAAGAAAGAAAAAAAUACAGAAAUAAAUACAAUCCGAUGCAUAUAUUUUUGAUAGCAGUUACAAAUUUCAAAACCAACAUAAUCGCAUACACAUUGAUCGUAACUAUUUAUUAAAAUCCAUUAGUUUUAUUUUUAUUGCUGAAGCUUUCCCUUAACAAAAAAGUUUCUCAAUUUUGUACAGCAACCAGCAUAGAUAUUGUCCAAUUUUCUCUCGCAAUACGAUACACGCUUUUAAACAUAUAUCAAAAAUCGCAUUCAGCACAAAAUCAAGUUUGAAAAGAUCAACUAAAAAAACACACACACACACCAAAAGCACAAAGCAAUUACGAAACCGUUCACUUGUUACAGCCUUUGCCUAGUCAGAGUUGUUAGAAGCAGCAAUUUUAACUAAAAAAAAAGAAGAGAAAUUAAAAAAUAUAUACAAAACGCUUUUAAAAUCAUCCAAUUGACAGCAAACACGAACAAACAAAAAACGAGCUAACAGAUUUUGAAACGUUUCCUGGUUAAUCUUGCAUCAACUAUUAAACAGAACGAAGAAACACAAAACAGUUCAAUUUUACCACCUCCCUACAGUGAAGAACGAAAAAAGAUCCCCCAAAAAGUUUAAAACAGUUACUCGCCACCCCCCUUCCCUCUUUGCUACUGUUACAAACAAUACUCUUACAUGAUACCAACUACAACCCUCUCUUAAAAACUAUGUACUAUUAAUUACUUAUACUCUUUGCUUGGAGAGAUACUCUUCAGAUGAUGGUGGUGCGUUAUUUGAGCGUAAAACGUGGAGUACGGGACAAAUGGCGCGGUACUUACGGAAGAGGGCGGAGCGCUCGAUUUAAAAGUGAAUAUCAAUUUCAAUAAAAUUUACAUACAAAUAA